AUGCCAAAUGGUCGGCAUACGGCGGCGCGAGUGGUGGUGCUGUGCCUGUUGUGGUACAUCACGAGCGCAGGUAAUUCGGUGAUCGGCAAACUCCUACUCCAGUCCUUCCCCUACCCCAUCACCGUCACGAUUGUCCAGUUNAAUGGUCGGCAUACGGCGGCGCGAGUGGUGGUGCUGUGCCUGUUGUGGUACAUCACGAGCGCAGGUAAUUCGGUGAUCGGCAAACUCCUACUCCAGUCCUUCCCCUACCCCAUCACCGUCACGAUUGUCCAGUUGCUGUCCAUCACCAUCUACUCGCUGCCCACCCUAUCCCUCAUCAAAGGUGGCAAACGACAGCCGGUCAUCGAGUGGUCCUACUAUCUCAAGAUCAUCAUUCCCUUGGCUUUCGGCAAAUUCUUCGCCUCCGUGUCCUCACACAUCAGCCUAUGGGCUGUUCCCGUGUCUUACGCUCACACAGUGAAGGCAUCGAUGCCUUUCUUUGUUGUGAUUCUGUCGAGAGUUCUCUUGGGAGAGAAACAAACCACUAAAAUAUAUCUAUCGUUAGCGCCGAUAGUGAUCGGCAUAAUGAUAGCCACCGUAACGGAACUGGAGUUCAAUAUAAUAGGUCUGAUUUCGGCGCUCUUCUCAAUCUUUGUCUUCUCGUUGCAGAAUAUCUUCUCAAAACAGGUGUUACGCGAGACAUCAUUACACCACUUAAGACUGCUUCACCUGUUGGCCCGAUUGGCGCUGAUGAUGGCCCUUCCGGUCUGGUUUUGGCACGACUUCCUUGACAUUGUGUACAGCGAGAGCACCACAACACUGGAUGGUUGGGCCAUAGGAAUGCUUUUAUUCCUCGACGGUUUGGCUAACUUUCUGCAGAAUGUGAUCGCAUUUACCGUCUUAUCGUUGGUGACGCCACUCACAUACGCCGUGUGCAACGCUUCCAAGCGGAUCGCAAUCAUCACGUGCUCUGUCCUUAUGUUCAGAAAUCCGGUCACUCCUAUGAAUGCGUUGGGAAUGUCUGUCGCCAUCUUCGGUGUCUUCUACUAUAAUAAAGCCAAAUAUGAUGCGAUGGAAGAAGAGAAACGAAAACCAAUCCUUCCCUACACUAAGAGUGACUCCAAUUUGUUACUCAAAUACGCCAAUACUUCUCACCAUAACUUAGGGUUCAAUCACAUCCGCAACGGUGUAUAUAAUGGACAACAGAAUGGACACCAGAAUGGACACACCUAUCACUACUGA